AGGAGGAGGAGGAGGAAGGGUCGUUCUUUUUGUGCUGGAGGGACCCCUACGACUACGACUACGACUACUACUCCCUCCCCAUGGAGGGGAAGGAAGAGAGGCCAGCCAAGCAGCAGAGCCGGGCAAGCGACGUCCACAGAGUGGAUCCAUAUGGGUUUGAAAGGCCAGCAGACUUUGACUACUAUGCAACAUAUGAAGAAUUCUUUUCUGGAUACUUAGUAGUACUCACUAGAAGAGCAAUUAAGGUCCAAACUUUUAAGGGAAAUAAUAGUGUACCUAAAAGCUUAAAAGCAAAACGCUAUAUCAGGAAAGGCAUUCCCAAUGAGCACCGUCCACUGGUUUGGAUGGUGGUCAGUGGUGCUCAGACACACAUGGAACAAAACCCUGGAUACUACCAGAAGUUACUUGAUGGAGACAAAAAUGACAAGCUGGUGGAAACAAUUAAAACAGACAUGAAUAGGACAUUUCCAGAUAAUAUAAGAUUCCGCAAAACUGCUGACCCCUGUUUACAGAAAACACUGUACAAUGUUUUAGUGGCAUAUGGACACCAUAAUCAGUCAGUGGGAUACUGCCAGGGUAUGAAUUUCAUAGCUGGCUACCUGAUUCUUAUAACAAGAAAUGAGGAGCAGUCCUUCUGGUUGUUAGAUGCUCUCAUUGGUCGAAUAUUGCCUGAUUAUUAUAGUCCAGAAAUGAUGGGCCUCAAAACAGAUCAAGAAGUCCUUGGAGAGCUGGUAAAAAUGAAAGUACCAGCUGUGGCAGAGUUAAUGGAGAAGCAUGGCAUCAUGUGGACUUUAGUGGUGUCCCGUUGGUUUAUAUGUUUAUUCAUUGACAUUCUUCCAGUAGAGACAGUACUUCGAAUUUGGGACUGCUUGUUCUACGAGGGAUCAAAAAUAAUCUUCCGUGUAGCCUUAACACUAAUUAAGCAACAUCAAGCUUUCAUUUUGGAAGCCACUAACUUCCCUGAUAUUUGUGACAAAUUCAAGCAGAUCACCAAAGGACCAUUUGUAACAGAAUGUCACACUUUCAUGCAGAAAAUAUUUACAGAGCCUGGAAGUCUCCGGAUGGCUACAAUAGAGAAACUGAGAGAGACUUGUAGAGCAAAUCAGAUUGCUCAGAUCAAUGGACAAUAUGUAAGAUAAUAUGGCAAGCCUGGGUACAUUCCUUAGCUUAAUUGCACUGAUUGACAAUUUCCUCAGUUUCGUUACUGUUGACUGACUCUUGACCAAUUCUCUACAACCUUCCAAGUAAGUGUUGGAUAAUUUAAUAUAUGUUUUGUAAAAACACACUUCCAUUACUGUAAGAAUAAAAUGCAAUCAAUGUGAUUUUUUUUUAAAAAAAUGAUACUAAUUUUAGGAAAUUUGUAAUAUUUAAGCCCAGAAUUAUGUCUUCAUAUGAAAAUACAAAAUAAAUUUAUUUGAAAAUCUCCCAAUGCUAUAUACUAUGUAGAGGCUUAUCGCUCCAGAAAUAGUCCAGAUUGAAUGCUGUUUAGGUAACUGCAUAUAUGAAAUAUCCUUUUCUGCAUACUACAGACAUUAGGAAUAGCACAUUAUCAGCUUUCUGUUGUCCAGACUUGCUACAAAUCAGUAAAACAUCUUACUUCACUAUUAUCCAAAGCCUAAGGUGUGCCUGUUAGUCACUGCAAGGAAAUGUCAGUAGCUGUUUCCUGUGGGUUUAAAAGUGUGCUAACAUAGUUUUUCCAUUAAGUUUGUUUGUUUUAAGACAUUUGCCACAAGACACAAAUGUAAAGUAGGUGAGUGGGUUCCACUUGAUACUCUUUGUUGUGAGUUUCCAGAGGUAAGGGAAUCUAUGCUUGUGGAGAGGCAUACAAUGCCAAUUACACUGUAUUCAAAAACAUAGCCAAGGGAUUUGCACCUUUGAUACUUUGUACACUCGCAUCUGAGGAAGCAGACUAAGUCUACAAAGGUUUGUGCUGCAACUUUUCACCCAGGUACAGUAGUCUCAAAAAAUGCUACAAGAUUGCUUUGCAUACGUUUAUACUGUACAUAUAAUACACUGUAUAGGUA